UCCUCAUAACCAUCUAAAUCCUUUUUCACUUGAUAAGAUAGAAAUCAAGGUUCAGUAGAAUGGUAAAACUUAUUUCUAGCUGGUGUAAAGAUGUUCAGUGCAUACCUAAAAAUUAUGUAUUCCCACCAGAUAUAAGACCAGGGGAGCUCAUUUUUCCUGUAAAGAGUGGUCCGGUAGUUGAUCUCAGCAAAAACGUUGGACAGGACCGAGAUGAUACAAUACAACAAAUUAUAAAAGCAGGCCAGGAAUUUGGAUUCUUUCAGGUGAUCAACCAUGAUGUUUCAGGAAGUUUAAUGCAGGACACGAAGAGUCUGUUGAAAGAGUUUUUUGACAUGCCAGACGAGGUCAAGUCAAGCGUCUUCACUCCAGAUGUUAGUAAGAGGUGCAGGCUCUACACAAGCAGUUUUUUUUAUCCCAAUGAGGAGAUUCAUUAUUGGAGAGAUAAUUUGACACACCCUUGUCAUCCUGCGGAGGAUUGUAUGCAACUUAUGCCUGAAAAGCCUACUAGAUACCGAGAAAUUGUUGGGACAUAUUCAGUCGAAGUGAGGAAGAUGAUCAUGAAGAUUUUGAAUCUCAUUGGUGAAGGACUGGGACUAGAACAAGGGUACUUUGGAGGUGACCGGAGCAAGUUUGAGGUACUAGCAGCUAAUCUUUACCCACAGUGCCCUGACCCGAGCCUGGCCUUGGGAGCUCUUAGACACUGUGACCCUAACCUCAUAAGCAUUCUAAAUCAAGGAGGUGUCUCGGGACUUCAAGUCUGUAAAGAUGGAAAAUGGUUUGUUGUUGAGCCUAUUCCUAAUGCAUUUGUGUUCUUAAUUGGCUGCCAGUUACAGAUUAUCAGUAAUGACAAGAUCAGAGCUGCUGAACAUCGAGUGGUGACAAAUUCAAAAGAGGAUCGGAUCAGUAUUGGCUAUUUUGUUAUCCCAACUUAUGAAUGCAUUAUAGAGCCUGCAAAAGCUCUCGUUAGUACAUGCAACCCACCACUCUAUAAAACCUUGCAGUACACAGAUCUUCUUAACUCCUUUGAUAAGAACUAUGGUAACUAUAAAGGUAUGAUGGAGAGUCAUAAGCUUCAAGUUGAGUAAUGGUGUUUGAAAGAGAAGUGCUAUAUAUGAUCUCAGUGUAUCGUAUCAUAUUGCAAGUAAAUAAAGAUGUGGUUUUAGUGUUUGUCCCUGAGGGACU